AUGUGGAUGGGUUUUAUCCAAUUAGUUGAAGGUGUUAAGAGAAAAGACCAAGGUUUCCUGGAAAAGGAAUUCUGCCACAAAACUAACAUAAAAAUGCAGUGUGAGUUUCUAGCCUGAUGGCCUGCCUUCACUGUCCUGGAGGAGGCAUGGAGAGACCAGGUGGACUGGAGUAGACUGUUGAGAGACGCUGGUCUGGUGAAGAUGUCCAGGAAACCACGAGCCUCCAGCCCGUUGUCCAACAACCACCCACCAACACCAAAGAGGCAAGGAAGUGGAAAGCAUCCUCUCAACCCUGGCCCAGAAGCCCUAUCAACGUUCCAAAGACAACCUGGAAGGGAAAAGGGACCCACCAAGGAAGUUCCAGGAACAAAAGGCUCUCCCUAA